AUGGAGCGAACAGCACAACGAAGCCGGAAUGGCGGGUCCGAGUCCCGAAGGGUAUCGACCUUGUUGGCGGUUGCGGCGGGGCUGCUCUCCCUGGCACCCACCGCCGACUCUUUCCUCUCCGCGCCCAUGAAAGGAGCAGGAGGCUCUGGGGCGGCGCAAGGGUUGCGUCGUCGAAGCACAGGAGAAGCGCGAUCGGCGCAAGCGGGGCGCCAGGGGGAUGGGGUUCUGUCGGCCACGGGCGUUGCGACAGAGGACAACCAGGGAGCGGUGGCCGGGAGCUUGCUGGAGACGCAGCAGAAGGGGGUGUCGAACAACGAGAUGAAGCCCUUCGUGCGCGUACCGAGGCGCGACCCCCGGAUGUGGUUCGAUGCCAUCAGGGAAGGGGCGGUUCCUCGACCAGACUCGCUUGUCGAGCUUUCUAAAGCGGGCGAGGCCGAGCUCGCAGAGUUGGCCCUGCCCACCCGCAAGCAAGAGCCCUACCGCUACACGGACCUGGAGUCUCUCUACCGGACCGACUUCACGUCAGCGGCGCCAACAACAACGGCAGCGGAGACAGCGGCCGCGAUAAAGCCGCACCUGCUGGAGGCGAGCCAGGGCCAGCAGAUGGUCUUCGUGAACGGGGUGUUCAGCGACGAGCUCAGCGACGUGUCGGCGCUGGGGGGCGUGGAGGGGCUGGUGGCCGGCCACAUCGGGGCUAUCGAGGGGGCUCCGCUCGAUCAGGCAAAGGAAAUGUUGUCGUACCUGCCGGAGAAGGACGCCGACUUCCGAACGACUCAGGGGUCUCUGGCGUUCGCCAGCCUGAACCAGGCCUGCUUUGCCGACGCGGGGGUGAUCAUGGUGGCGGACGGCGUUACCGUCGAGAAGCCCAUCCAGGUAAUUUUCUUCUCCGAGGGGGAGGAGGGGCCCACGGUGAGCCACCCCCGGCUUGUCGUGAAGGCCGGAGCGGACUCGCAUGUGACCCUUACGCAGAGCUACCUCAGCCGGGGCGGCGUGUGCCUCGCCAACGGUUUCACGAGGGUGCUUGUGGGAGAUCGCGCCACCGUGACGCACGACUACGCGGAGGAGAUGAGCGCCUCCGACCGUCUCGUCGACACCGUCUCAGUCGACCAGACCACCAACUCCACCUACUCGGUCAACCAGGUCCUCUCCGGGGCCUUCGACGCCCGGGCCAACUUCCAGAUCGACCUCUUGGAAACGGGGUCGCACUGCAACAUAUUCACGGCCGCCCUGACGACGAACAACCAGAGGCAGGACGUGCACUCCACCAUCCGCCACAAGGCCGAGGGCACCACGUGCCUCCAGGAGCAGCGCAACGUGGUCUCGGACACUGCCGACUGCGUCUUCAAGGGCCGCAUCGUCAUCGACCAAGUCGCGCAAAAGACUGACGCGAACCAGCUGUGCCGCACCCUCCUGGUGAGCGACAAGGCCCGGGUGACGGUGAUGCCGUCGAUGGAGAUCAUCGCCAACGAUGUGAAGUGCACGCACGGCGCCACCAUCUGCGACCUCGAGGACGAGGAGCUGUUCUACCUCAUGUCCCGCGGGAUCAGCAAGAUCCAGAUGGGAUUCCAUAUUUGA